AUGAUUGCAAAGGUGGCCUUUGCAGCUCAACAUGUUGUUGGUGGAAGCCAAGGCUGGGAUCAAUCCACAGACUUCAAGUCAUGGUCUUCAGGCCAAACAUUCAAGGUUGGAGAUAAACUUGUUUUCAAGUACAGUUCUCUGCAUAGUGUGGUGGAAUUAGGCAACGCUAAUGCCUACAAGAAUUGUGAUAUUAGCAGUCCAAUCCAAUCCUUGGGUACUGGCAAUGAUGUUGUGAAAUUGGACAAGCCAGGUACGAGGUACUUCACUUGUGGUACCUUGGGUCACUGUAGUCAAGGGAUGAAGCUGAAAAUUACCAUCAUCAAAGGGAAUGCUCCUUCGCCUACAUUGUCGCCAUCUUCCUCACCGUCUCCAUCGUCAAUAACACCACCAUCUUCUACUUCUUCUCCUACUACUGUUAUUGAUGCAUCUUCAGCCUCACAAUGCUUCACCUCAUUCUUCUUCCUUCUUGCAUCAUCACUCACUCUCAUGGUUUCCUUGAUAAAACAAAGUUAG